CAUCAGAAUUACUUCGGCAUCGACGAGAACUUGGGACCAGUGGCGAUCAGUAUUGUCAAGGACAAAGUUGAUUCGUUUGAAAUGAGGAAAGCCGGCCUCAUGGUGCCGACGUUGUACAGAAUCAUCAUCAGACUUAGUGACGUAUGUUCGUCUUGGCCUGGCUCCUCGAUAUACAGUGGAGGCAAGAUACCGGUCAAGGAACUGCUCGAUCUGAUCAUCCCUGAGUUGCAACAGAACUGUCUCCGAUUGGCGCUUCCCGUGCCUCGCACCGAAGAGAUGCUGCUACGACUCGACGAGCAGUCGAUCUAUAUUCGCUACAAAGUCGGAAUACUGUACUGCAAGGCCGGUCAAUGCACAGAGGAACAGCUGUACAACAAUGAAUAUUCUGGACCAGCGUUCGAAGAGUUUUUGGACAUACUUGGCCAACGAGUUCGACUCAAGGGCUUCGACAAGUAUAAGGGCGGUCUGGACAACAAGGGCGAUUCGACCGGCAUGUAUUCGCUGUAUACCAUGUAUCAGCAGUACGAAAUCAUGUUUCACGUCUCGACCAUGCUUCCGUUCACGGCCAGCAAUCGACAGCAGCUUUCGAGGAAGCGACACAUCGGCAACGACAUCGUAACGAUCAUAUUUCAAGACCCUGGCGCGCUGCCGUUCAACCCACGGACGAUGCGCUCACAUUUCCAGCACGUAUUCAUCAUCGUCAGGGUGUCCAACCCUAGCACGGACAACGUGCGUUACAGGUGCGGAUUUGCUAAUAACCAGUCUUUGUUCUAUUUUAAUUUACUUGCAUAUACAAAGACGUAUUUUAGAGUCGCCGUAUCGAGAUGCAAAGGCGUUGCCGCGUUUGGUCCUCCUAUAGCGCAUAACACCUACUUUCCUAAAAGCAGGGAAUUCAGAGAGUUCCUGCUUACGAAAAUCAUAAACGCCGAAAACGCUGUACACAAAUCGGCCAAGUUUGAGGAGAUGGCUGCGCGUACCAGGAGGGAGCUGAUGAGGGAAUUGUCUGAGCAUCACGUAACGUCACAGUCAUUGGAAGGCACCUCGGUGAAGAUAGCCAACAAGAUUCUUGGCCCGAAGCGCAAGGACCGACCGAAACCCAAGGUGUUCCUUGACUCGUGUAUUCGUGGCGCAGUCACGUGGGACGUUCAAGUGCUGACUGAGGUGGAGGACUUCAGUCUUUGUCGCCCGAUCGAGUGUUACCUCGGAAUCUCUAUGGAUUACCUAGUUUUGAUCGAACAUUCGUCCAAAAAUGUUCUUUUUUGCACACCUACACAUUCGGUGAUCGGUUGGACCUCACAUGGAAACAGUGUUAAGUUGUACUACGAUCAUGCGGACGUCAUCAUUUUACGUACUUUGGACGAUGAUGAUGGGUUGGUGAUGAAUGAAAUAAUUAGACGAUUGCAGUUCGUCAGCAAAGGUUGUGAGACUGUGGGAAUGAUACUCAGACGAAAUCCUGGCGAACCGCUGUGCGUUCGCAUUCAGCACGAAGGAAUCGUGAGCGAAGUUGAUAUGUACAGCUGUGCCUGGCAGGCGGGGCUGCGGCAGGGCUCACGAAUUGUAGAAAUAUGUAAAGUUUCGGUUUCGUCGCUGAACUACGAGAAGAUUCUCGAGUUGUUGAACAUCUCGUCGACCAUUCGUUUGCUGGUGAUUCCGUCCCUGGAGGACGGUUCCCCACGAAGAGGCUGUGAGGAUCCGUACUGUUCAGCGAUUCUCGGUGACCAGACAUCCUACGUGACGAAUUGGAAUGAUCAGCCUCUGGCAUUGCCUCAGCAUCCGCCGGGAAGAAUACCUCCAAGCUAUGACAAGAUCCUGACCAGUAGAAGUGCUGAUUCCGAAAACGUGUUUCCACCCGGUCAGAAAAGCAGUUUCGACCUGCGCGAUCAUGGAUAUGAAAGCGCAAGUAACAGCUUCUCGAUAAAGUCGUUCGAAGACGUUCAGACUCGGUAA